UUUCCCCAACCUCGCGGUCGCCUGCGCCCACGCUUCCGCGCUGCGCGUCGCCGCCGCCGAUCGAUCACGCGCGGCGCCGCCCCCGCGCGGCGGCGGAGUGGGUGGGGGGUGUAUCGAGGCGAGACGCCGUGGACGGGAUGAAGAAUUUGUUCAAGAGUAAGAUCAAGUGGCAGCACCGGUCCAACGAGCCGGCGGCGCCCCCGCUGCAGGGGGGGCAGGGGCAGGGGCUUCCGCAGCAGACGCCGCCGUCGCCGUCGCCGGCGAGCUCCCCGUCGGGGGGCCCUCCGGCGCUGUCCGUCUCGACGGUGUCGUCUGCUUCCCCUUCCGCCGCCGCGACUCCGACGGGGGCGGCCGCGGCGGGAGAUGGGGUAGUGGGCGGGGGCGGGGGUGGGGGUGGAGAGGAUUACAUGUUGUCGGAGGAGGAGUUCCAGAUGCAGCUGGCGAUGGCGCUGUCGGCGUCCAACAGCGAGUGCGUGGGCGACCUGGACGGGGAGCAGAUCAGGAAGGCCAAGCUGAUAAGCCUCGGCAGGGGCGACCGAUUCGCCGCCGGCCGGGAGGAGGACCACACCGCCGAUGCGCUCUCCCGCCGCUACCGGGACUACAACUUUCUUGAUUAUCACGACAAAGUUAUUGAUGGCUUCUAUGACAUUUUUGGCCACUCUAUGGAAUCAUCCAAGCAAGGGAAGAUGCCAUCACUAGCAGAUCUUCAAACAGGCAUAGGCGACCUAGGCUUUGAAGUCAUUGUAAUCAAUCGUGCCAUUGAUACAACCUUACAGGAGAUGGAACAAGUUGCACAAUGCAUCUUGCUUGACUUUCCUGUUGCAAAUAUUGCAGCCUUAGUUCAAAGAAUAGCUGAGCUUGUUACAGAUCAUAUGGGUGGACCUGUGAAAGAUGCAAAUGACAUGCUCACUAGAUGGCUAGAGAAGAGCACUGAGCUAAGAACCUCACUACACACAAGUUUGUUGCCUAUAGGCUGCAUCAAGAUAGGCCUGUCUCGUCACCGUGCCCUACUUUUCAAGAUUCUUGCUGAUAGCGUUGGCAUUCCGUGUAAGCUUGUCAAAGGGAGUAAUUAUACUGGUGAUGAUGAUGAUGCUAUUAACAUUAUAAAGAUGGACAAUGAAAGGGAGUUUUUGGUUGAUCUCAUGGCUGCUCCUGGUACUCUUAUUCCAUCGGACGUCUUAAGUUGGAAGGGCAACUCAUUAAAUUCCAAUGGAAGACUCUCCCAGAAUCAGCUGGCUGGGUUGCCAAGUGCAAUUGAUUCUAAUCUCAUUGCCAAUGUGUUACCACCAGAACAUAAAGGUGGUCAACUGCCAUUGUUUAGCAGUGGCGAUUGGAUAUUGACCAGUCAAUCUGUAUAUGAAAAAGAUGCAGCCGCAACAUCUUCACAGGCCUCUUCAAGUGGUACAUCUUCUGUUACUGCUGGAAGUGCUUUUGAUAGUUCUUGGACGUUAGUAUCUCAUGGGCAAUCAGAUGAUCCAUCAACCUCUGCUGGUAUAUCAUCCCAGAAGAAAGUUGUACUUCCAGGUGGAGAACAUCCACGGAAUGAGAAUAUAAAUGCACGGAAUGAGAAUAUAAAACUUGCUUCAGAUUUGCAAGGAAAUCCAGAGUCCAACUUAUUUGCUGACCUUAAUCCUUUUGGGGGUAGGGAGUCCAAAAAGACUUCAGUGCCAUUAAAUGGGCCAGACAAUAGAAAUAAUGAGUUGCAAAGACGCAGGGAGAAUGUAGUCCCUAGCACAAGAAGACCACAGCAGCGUUUGGUUAUGAAAAAUUGGUCUCCUUACAAUGAUGUUUCCAACAACAAGCAGUACAAUUAUGUUGAGGAUUCAUCUGCACGUAGAAAUAUUGGUGAUAAUGCUGCAUCAUCAUCUCAGGUGCCAAGGCCAUCUGCGAAAAAUACUAGCCUUAACACUGGAGUGCGCAUUGAUACACCAUACAUGGCAGCUCAUAAUUAUGAUAAUAAUAUGGCUGGUUCCUCUGCAAUGAAGAUGCCUUCUGCAGCUGGGAUUGGGAAGGUUCCUGAUAAGGUUCUGUAUGGUGAUUUGGACAAAGGCCUUACUAGUUCUAGACUGGGGGAUCAGCCACCUAUCGGAAGACAGAAAUGGGGCAAUUCCGUAGAAGGAAGGAUUCCAACAAGCACAGUUCAAAAUCAAGCAAAAGAACACAAGGAAUACUAUGACGGAAAGCAAGACAAUAAAAAGUUACAUCCUGAUCCAAAGAAAUCUCCACUAGACAGAUUCAUGGACACAUCGAUGCCAUCAAGGAAUCCGGAAUCUGCUUCACCAUCCUUUGCUAGGUCACACAAGCUAGACAACAUGUUUGAUGAUGUGUCUGAAUGUGAAAUUCAUUGGGAAGAUCUUGUGAUUGGUGAAAGGAUUGGCUUAGGUUCAUAUGGAGAGGUGUACCGUGCUGAUUGGAAUGGAACGGAAGUAGCUGUCAAGAAAUUCUUGGACCAGGAUUUCUAUGGUGAUGCUUUAGAUGAGUUCCGGAGUGAAGUGCGGAUUAUGCGUCGAUUACGUCAUCCAAAUAUUGUUCUCUUCAUGGGUGCUGUUACUCGCCCUCCAAACUUAUCUAUUGUAUCUGAGUAUCUUCCAAGGGGAAGCUUAUAUAAGAUCCUUCACCGCCCUAAUUGCCAAAUUGACGAGAAGCGCAGAAUUAAAAUGGCCCUUGACGUGGCCAAAGGAAUGAAUUGCCUCCACAUUAGUGUACCAACAAUUGUUCACCGGGAUCUUAAAUCACCAAACUUGCUGGUUGACAAUAACUGGAACGUGAAGGUCUGUGAUUUUGGACUUUCACGCUUGAAGCACAGUACAUUCUUAUCAUCCAAAUCAACUGCUGGAACUCCUGAGUGGAUGGCACCUGAGGUCUUGCGGAAUGAACAGUCAAAUGAAAAGUGUGAUGUUUACAGCUUUGGUGUCAUCUUGUGGGAAUUAGCAACACUUAGGAUGCCAUGGAGUGGAAUGAAUCCAAUGCAAGUUGUCGGGGCAGUCGGCUUCCAGGACAAGCGCCUCGAUAUUCCCAAAGAAAUCGAUCCUCUAGUUGCAAGGAUCAUAUGGGAAUGCUGGCAGAAGGAUCCAAAUCUGCGGCCCUCAUUUGCACAGUUAACGAGUGCUUUGAAGACUGUCCAAAGGCUAGUAACCCCUUCUCAUCAGGAAGCCCAAAGCCCCCCUGUGCCUCAAGAAAUAUGGGUGAACUCUUCUACCCCUUGAGGAGGGGCAAAUGGGCAAAUCCACACUCAAAAUUGUGAGUAAUUGAUGAUUGUUGCUGCUAUGUUUGUUCAAGUCUGCAAAUGUGGGCGCAUUCUGUAGAUUUGAGCGCCCCUAAAUGGUAGACAUCCUGCUGCCGCGACAAAAGAAUCCAGUGGCAGAAUUAUGUAUAGAGACUAUAGUCAUCGAUCAAUCGAUGACCCGAAGAAGAAAAAACAUCCAGUCUGUGGCAUCUCAUUUUUCAUGUUCCCAGUUUGUAAAACCGUUUGGUUCGAGCCCUCUGAAAAGCAGUGAGAGCUCGUCGCGUUGGAGAAAGCAUCUGUGUCUGGCUGUGUUUACAGUGGAUUGAA